UUAUUGCGGCGAUUGAUGGCAUCGAUAUUGCGUCGAGUCAGUUUCCAGAGAAUGGACUUGCAAAGAAUCACAAAAGCUUCACCUUCGCUACCAUGUCCACCCAAAAAACACCGCAGAUGCUCGUUGCCGUAGUCGGUGUCGGUCUUGUCGGUUCAGAGUUUAUUAACCAACUCUUAUCUAUUCCUACCGAAUCUUCCCCAUUUCGACUCGUUUCUCUUUCAUCAUCAUCCCGUACCAUUUACUUUGAACCAGCAAACGCCAUAACUUCGAUUGAAAAAUGGAAAACGAUCUUAUCCGAAUCCAAUGAGAAGCCGGACUAUGAGAGCCUCACCGCAAAGCUUUCUAGUUCGAUCUCUCCUUCAACAAAAGUCGCUAUCGUCGAUAAUACGUCUUCGGAUGAAAUCGCGUCGUUGUAUCCUAAAUGGCUCAAAGCUGGUAUCAAUGUGAUUACGCCGAACAAAAAGGCGUAUUCUGGCGAUCUGAGGUUGUACGAGGAGAUUCUGAGCGCAAGCAAAGAAAGCGGAGCGCGAUUCUUGAAUGAAUCGACGGUCGGGGCUGGGUUGCCUGUUAUAUCGACGUUGAAGGAGUUGGUGGCUACUGGAGACAAGGUCAAGAAGAUUGAAGGUGUAUUCUCGGGUACAAUGAGUUACAUCUUCAAUGAAUUUUCCACUGGUUCUCCAGACGGUCCCAGCUUCUCCUCUGUUGUCAGUGUGGCUCGUGAAAAAGGUUACACGGAACCCCAUCCUGCAGAUGAUCUGAACGGCUUUGACGUUGCCCGAAAACUCACGAUUCUCUCUCGUACUAUCGGCUCUUCAUCAUUACCAUCGUUACAGUCCUUCGCCUCUGUCCAAACUGCAUCUCUCAUACCUCCUGCCCUCGAAGGUAUCCCUACAGGCGAUGAAUUCUUGAAGAGACUUCCGGAGUUUGAUGCAGGGUUUGACCAGAUGCGGAAGGAUGCGAGUAAAGAAGGUAAAGUGUUGAGGUUUGUUGGCGUUGUCGACACUGUCAAGGGAGAAGUGAAAGCUGGUUUGGAAAAAUAUCCGACAUCUCAUCCGUUCGCUACAUCCCUCGGAGGCUCGGACAACAUUAUCAUGUUCCACACGGAAAGGUACAGCCCAAGACCUCUGAUUAUUCAGGGUGCGGGUGCAGGUGCUGCAGUAACGGCUAUGGGCGUGCUGGGGGAUUUGCUCAAGCUAGUUUAGAAAGCGAAUUUAGCGUGAUUCAUCAGGCAAUGUGUAGCUUAGACCUUAACCUGUACCUCUAACGCAGAAUGCUCGGAAAAUGGGACUAUCACACAUUUCCCG